UACAUACCCGCUUGAAGCAGGAGUAGCGACUUAGUCGCAGCGGACCCAGGCGGGGAAGCAAUUUACGUGCAGGUCUGGGGGAAAUGGAGCUUCAGGAUGAUCAAGGCAGAUAUUUCAGCGACGUGUCUUUAAAUCCAGCAGAGUACACGAAGAAAAAAACCCUCAAGAAAUACAAAAUCAUCUGUGCUGUUCUGGUGUGCGCUUUGGUGGCUGUGUCCCUGGGAUUAGGUUUAGGACUAGGACUGAACCGUGGAGUCCAGGAGCAAGUCAGCUGCAGGCACAAGUGUCAUGAGCCGCACGGGGAAUCGGUGCCCGGCUGCCGGUGCGACAGCAGCUGCAAGGGGCGUGGGGACUGCUGCUGGGACUACGAGGACACCUGCGUGGAGCCAACCCGGUCUUGGAGGUGCACGAAUUUCCGUUGUGGUGAGACACGGAUAGCUGGAAGUCACUGUUCGUGUUCCGAUGACUGCUUGCAGAAAAAAGACUGCUGUGUAAACUAUAACAGCAUUUGCAAAGGUGAAAUACCUUGGGCGGAAGAACCAUGUGUAUCACUUGAAACUCCUCAGUGUCCAGCCGGGUUUGAUCUGCCACCAGUUAUCCUGUUUUCAAUGGAUGGGUUUAGAGCAGAAUACUUGGAAACCUGGAGUUCUUUGCUGCCAAAUAUUGAAAAACUCAAAACCUGUGGCACACAUUCAAAAUACAUGAGAGCCGCUUACCCCACAAAAACCUUUCCCAACCACUAUACCAUUGUCACAGGAUUGUAUCCAGAAUCUCAUGGUAUUAUUGAUAACAACAUGUAUGAUGUAAACAUGGACAAAAGUUUCUCGCUUUCAGGGACGGAAAAGUUUGACCCUUCAUGGUGGAAGGGGCAGCCAGUCUGGCUGACAGCAAUGUACCAAAAUUUGAAAGCAGGCACCUACUUUUGGCCAGGCUCUGAUGUUAAGAUUAAUGGAACAUACCCCACCUUGUACACUGUAUUCAACGGUUCAGUUAAAUAUGAAGAGAGAAUUUCGGGAAUAUUGAAAUGGCUUGAUUACACCAAAUCUGAGAGGCCUGAUUUCUACACUCUAUAUAUUGAAGAACCAGAUUCUUCUGGACAUUCAUUUGGACCAGUUAGUGGUGGUGUAAUCAAAGCCUUACAGGUAGCAGAUCAAGCACUGGGGAUGCUGAUGGAUGGACUCAAGCAAAGAAACCUGCACAACUGUGUAAACCUCAUUGUUUUAGCUGAUCAUGGGAUGGAGAGGACCUACUGCAAACAGAUAGAAUAUAUGACUAGUUACUUCAAGAAGAUUGAUUUCUACAUAUAUGCUGGGCCUGCAGCUCGCAUUCGAGCAAAAAAUGUUCCACAGGACUAUUAUACCUUUGACUCAGAAGGAAUUGUUAAAAACCUCACAUGCAAAAGGUCCCCUCAGCACUUCAAGCCUUACCUUACGCCUGACUUGCCGAAACGAUUCCACUAUGCCAACAACAUCCGCAUCGAUAAGGUCCAUCUUCUGGUGGAUCGGCAGUGGCUGGCUGUGAGGGACUCAAGUUACAGAGGGUGUGAUGGGGGUAACCAUGGCUAUAACAAUGAAUUUAAAAGUAUGGAGGCUAUAUUCUUAGCACAUGGCCCAGGCUUUAAAGAUAAAACAGAAGUGGAUGCCUUUGAAAACAUUGAGGUUUACAACCUGAUGUGUGAUUUGCUGCACAUCACACCUGCCCCAAACAACGGGACACAUGGCAGCCUGAAUCACCUCUUAAAAAAACCUUUUUACAAUCCUUCACAUGCAAAAGAAGUGUCAGCUCCUUCUUCAUGUCCAGUUACCCAUCUGAUUCCAGAAGAUGAUCUGGGAUGCACGUGCCCGAUUAUAACAAAUGUUUCAGAAAUAAAUAAGAGGUUAAAUCUCACUGCAGAAGAAAUAAAGAACGCAAACACGUAUCAUUUGCCAUAUGGGAGACCCAAAGUUCUGCAGAACAACAAAGUCUACUGCCUCCUUUCUCAUCACCAGUACGUGAGUGGGUACAGCUAUGACAUUCGGAUGCCACUGUGGACUGCAUACACUGUGAAUAAGCCUGAAAACACAUCUCUUCCUCCCACUGUUUCAGACUGUCUGCGGGCUGAUGUUAGAAUCCCUGUUGCUCGGAGCCAAAAUUGUUCCAACUACCCAGAAGGGCUGACCUUUACCCGCAGUUUCCUCUAUCCUCCCAACUUCAAUUCAUCUACUCUUGUACAGUAUGAUGCCUUACUCACCAGCAAUAUUGUUCCCAUGUAUAGUGCUUUCACAGAAAUAUGGGAAUAUUUCCAUAAUGUGCUUCUUCAGAAGUACGCUACAGAAAGGAAUGGAGUAAAUGUUGUCAGUGGACCAGUGUUUGAUUACAAUUACGAUGGCCAUUUUGAUACGCUUGAUGAAAUUAAGCAGUAUGUAAACAAUACGGAAAUCCCUGUCCCAACCCAUUACUUCGUGGUUCUGACCAGCUGCAAGAACAAGUCCUAUACUCCACUGAACUGUUUGGGCUCCUUGGAUGCUUUGUCUUUUAUCCUUCCUCAUCGACCUGACAACACCGAAAGCUGUGCUGAAAAUAAGCAACCAUCUGAAUGGGUUGAAGAAAGGGUUCAGGCUCAUUCUGCACGUGUCCGGGACGUGGAGCUGCUGACGGGGCUUGACUUCUACCAGGAGAGAACGGAACCCGUCUCCGAGAUCCUACAGCUGAAGACGUUUUUGCCAAUAUUUGAGACUGAAAGUAACUGAGCAGCUGUUAAAAAAGUGACAGUUUGCUUGGAAGAAAGCAAAUUUAAGUAAAUUUAAUUUUUUUCCUUGCUAAGUUAGGAAAAGAGACAUGACUGCAGCUCUUCUGUAUGAAAACACACUUGGAGGAGCUAAUUUAAUUUUUCAAAUUCGUGUCCUUUGGUGGAAUGUUUUGUACCAACUGAAUAAAAAUUAGCUAAAGUAA